GGAAAGAGUCUGAGAUGUGGAUGCUGGAAAGUGCGUAGUCUGAGACGAACGGUCGUGUUGUUGAAGCUAGACACACCAAGAUCUUAAACCAUCGAUACACGUGCUGCUGGGAUGACGACACUGCUGCCAAAUGCUCUCCAGUUUCAAGAACUGCUGCACAAUCCUACGUUCGUCGACUUUCUCAACACGUUCCUCAAUCUUCCGGCAUUUCCAUGCCGACUUUUCUAUAGAAAGUCACUUGAGUCGUUUGAGGUAGAUUCGGUGGCAUUUCACAGCGACAUGCAUUCCCUUACGUUUGAACAAGAACGAUUGAUGGGAUGGUUGCUUGACAGCAGAGUGGCGUUCUACUACAAAACCGAACUAUACAGAGAGUGUACGCUGGCCAUGAGACUGUCCGCACCGCACCAAUCAGGAGACACGGUGGGUGAAGCCAGUCCGUCACCGUUCUUGCUAUGCACGACGAGCACUUGCCUGGUGGCGCAGUUUGGUGACAGUGUACGCAACGAGAUGAGCACCAUUGCCGGUCUGAAGACAUUCAAGGCAUUUCUUAGAGGCACACCCGGAGAGCAUUUGGUCGGUUUAUAUCUCGACGUCAUGAAGGUGUACCUCUGUCAAGAUCAGUUCAAGCAGCAAAGACUCAUACAAAAGAUUUCUGGACGUUACUUGUGGAGCAAAUCGAAUAGGAGCCUUCCUCCGGAUGUGCGCCAACUGCUUCAAGUGUCGAUCCAUCGCUCCACGAAGCUGGCGAAUUCGAGAUGGAGAGCGGGAGAGAUAAAUGCGGCGCUCGACGAGAUCAUCAAGGCGACAGUUUGUCGACUACAGUGCUAUUGGUAUCGUCGCUAUUUGGUCCACAGAGCUGUGAUCAAGUGCCAUACAAAAUCGAAGGACACACUGCAGUUGCUAUGUGAUGUGUGCAGAUCUGUGUUAUUGGUCAGUGACAAAUCCAUGACGAAACUGGCGUCGUUCGUUAGUCGAGACGUGAAAAACUGUGACUGUUGUGCGAUCACAUGUUUGAUCUCGAACGCGGGAGUACACAACUGUAGAGAUAAUCAGACUGCGUCGUCGCCUUCCGAUGAUUCUCGUGCAGCAGGAUUGUCUGAAUGUAAGGAGCACGUGACGGUUAUGGGAAGCUUUGACUGCAGCAUGAAUCUCUCUCGAGCUCUCCUCCAGGACGUGACGUCUGGUGCGUGGACACAGGAAGCACGAGCUCUUACCGCAGCUCUAAUAUCCGAUCAGUAUGCCGGAUCGCCAUUUGGCUGUUACCUCCAGCAACGAUCAAAAACGAUAGUAUCGAAUUGCUUACUAUUGUGGCGAGAGGCACUCGAUCUUAUACAAUCGUGUACAAAACGACUUUAUUUGAUUUUGUCGUAG